CGAGCGAGGGAGCGCCUGGCUGCUGCAGCAGCUGCGGAAGGAGCGGCUGGAAGGGCGGCUGGGCUCCUCGCCAUGCAGCCUGGCCGGCGGCAGAGCUGACGGCUGCGAGACGCACGGCCGCCGCGCUGGUUGCCAGGGUCGCUCGGUGCCGCCCCCAAUAGAUGGAUAUUGACAUGGACUACGAAAGACCAAAUGUUGAAACCAUCAAAUGCGUGGUUGUCGGGGAUAACGCGGUAGGCAAAACUCGCCUGAUCUGUGCAAGAGCCUGCAACACCACCCUGAACCAAUACCAGCUGCUGUCAACCCACGUCCCAACAGUCUGGGCAAUUGAUCAGUAUCGGGUCUGCCAAGAGGUUCUUGAACGGUCCCGUGAUGUAGUUGAUGAAGUGAGUGUUUCUCUCAGGCUCUGGGACACGUUUGGAGACCACCACAAAGACCGACGCUUUGCUUAUGGAAGAUCUGACGUUGUGGUGUUGUGCUUCUCCAUUGCUAAUCCUAACUCUCUGAAUCAUGUGAAGACAAUGUGGUGUCAAGAGAUCAAGCACUUUUGUCCUCGCACCCCUGUGAUUUUGGUGGGCUGCCAACUGGAUCUUCGCUAUGCUGAUCUGGAAGCUGUCAAUCGAGCCAGGAGGCCGUUGGCAAGGCCUAUCAAGAGGGGAGACAUCCUGCCACCAGAAAGAGGCAGGGAAGUUGCUAAAGAGCUUGGAAUACCCUAUUAUGAAACCAGCGUCUUUGAUCAGUUUGGCAUCAAGGAUGUGUUUGAUAAUGCAAUCCGAGCAGCCCUGAUUUCCAGGAGACAUUUGCAAUUCUGGAAAUCACAUUUGAAGAAAGUCCAGAAGCCUUUGCUCCAAGCUCCAUUUCUACCUCCAAAGGCUCCUCCCCCUCUUAUAAAGAUCCCAGAGUGUCCCAUCCUCAAGAUUAAUGAUGUGGGAUACUUACUGGACAAUCCCUUGUGUGCAGACGUGCUCUUUAUACUUCAGGAACAGACUCAGAUUUUUGCUCACAAGUUCUACUUAGCUACCUCUUCAUCCAAGUUUUAUGACCUUUUCUCAAUGGAAUGUGAAGAAAUGCCAGACUCGACUGAAAGCUUUUGUAGUGAAGGUAGUAUUCUCCUGACCAGAACCUGUAGCCUUGAAGCAGUUGGCCAGGGAGCGGAAGGGGCAGCUGCACCGUCUUCUGCUUCGACUGAGGGCCUCCAGGUAGAGCCUGAAGCAGGAGAAGCCACCUGCCCAAAACAGGGUCCAACGCUCUGGGGCAAAGGUUUCAUUAGCCUACAUCAAGAGAUGCAGAUUAAUCCUGUUUCAAAGAGGGUCUGUGGAGUGACAGUUGUCAAGAUGGAGACCUCCAUCCAACCGGGACCUUUUAAAACCGUCCUGCAGUUUUUAUACACCGGGCAGCUGGAUGAAAAUGAAAGGGACCUCACCCGGGUAGCUCAGAUUGCUGAGAUCCUGGAAGUGUUUGACUUGCGGAUGAUGGUAGAAAACAUUACCAACAAGGAAGCCUUCAUGAACCAGGAAAUUACAAAGGCUUUCCAUGUCCGGAAGGCUAACAGAAUAAAAGAAUGCCUCUGUAAGGAGACAUUUUCUGAUGUGACAUUUGUGUUGGAAGAUGGAAAGAUAAAUGCUCAUAAACCACUUCUAAUCUGUAGCUGUGAAUGGAUGUCUGCAAUGUUUGGAGGAUCCUUUGUGGAAAGCUCAAACAGCGAGGUUGUUCUCCCCAACAUCACUAAGACUUCCAUGCAAGCUGUUCUGGAUUACCUGUACACCAAGCAACUGUCCUGCAGCCAGGAUUUGGACCCCCUUGAAUUAAUUGCCCUGGCCAACCGAUUCUGCCUGCCCCACUUGGCCGCACUGGCAGAGCAACACACGGUACAGGCACUCACCAGAACAGCCAUGAGCGGUGUAUGCAUAGAUGGAGAAGUGUUGUGUGUUUUGGAAAUAGCCCAGUUCCACAAUGCUAAGCAGCUGGCAGCUUGGUGCUUGCAUUACAUCUGCACUAACUAUAACAGUGUUUGUUCGAAGUUCCGAAAGGAAAUUAAAAUGAAAUCUCCUGAUAAUCAGGAAUAUUUUGAAAAGCACCGUUGGCCUCCUAUUUGGUACCUGAAAGAGGAAGACCAUUUCCAGCGGGUUAAGAAGGAGCGAGAGAAGGAAGAACUGGCCCUCAAUAAACAUCAUUCAAAGAGGAAGUGGUGCUUCUGGAGUUCCUCAACGGUGGUUGCCUGAGCCGAGAGAAGCCCAACCCAUCUUGGCUCAGCUGGGAAAAAGUUAGUUUCUAGCAUUGCUUCUGAGCACAGGUGGACUCAGUGGGACACGCAAAGACUUUUCUCCCCUUCAUUUCCAUGGGUCUCUCCCCAGACCAAGGGCUUAGCAGACUGGGCCGAAGAGACCCAAAGGCACCCCUUGUAUUCCAUCUGAAUUCAGGGAUUACCAAAGGUUAGGAAGCACAAGUUCACCUCAGGAGUGUGAAUCUCUUUCUUAGACCCUCACUCUGCCAUUUUAAUAAGCUAAAACUGGCACACGCACCCUUUUAUACUCAAUAACAAGAAAUUCAGCAUCAGUGUUUUGAUCUCUGAAGUGAGCCUAUUUUUAUACUGAGUGUUUCUGUGUGGGGUCCGUAGGGGAAGGUCUUUAAAUAAUAUGUCUGUGACAUUUCCUCUCUCGAAGAUUGCAAAAUUACCCAAUCAUCUCUGUUUCUUUUCACCACCCUUCGGUCACCAUAGUGCUGAAAACAAAGCCAUGGCUUUAAAAUCUCCCUGAAAUUGCUAACCUAGCAACACGUCCAAUUUUGCCAGGUGAAUGAUGUUUUUCCUUCCCCCAAGGACUGCAUUUGUAACAAUUAAAUCCUUGUUUCGUUUAUCUGAAAAAAAAAUGAGAUCCAUUAACAACAGAAGUCAUUAGGAUUGUAAUUGUCAAUCAGCCAAAGAACACAAAGUGUACAAUUCUUUCAGCUAGGUGAUCAAAUAUGUAUGUUGAAUGUUUGGCCUGCUAGGACAGGAGGCAACUGCCACGUGUAAUUCUCUCCUUUUUAUCUAGUUCAGGAGUGAAAUUAAGGAAAAUAUCUUUUUCUCUUUCAAAUCCAAUGGCAGGAACACUCUUUGCUAAUUUGGGUGAGUUUCUUCAGAACUGUCUGGGUCUUUUCUCUGGAGAAAGUUCUGCAUAAUAUUCUUUGGUUCAUUAUACAUAUUCACACGUGAAGGGCUCCUUAAAUGAAAUGACUUCUUCCAUUUUUAUUAUUCUACAAAAGAGCAACCAUCCACCUGUGUUUCAAUAGGGUCACCCUGGCCCAAAUAAUCCCAUUUUUGAAAUGACAGCUUCUUAACUAAGCUGUCUGAGUAACUUGUUGCUUCUAAAAAUGCUGGGAAAUCUUUCCUCUAAAUCCCUGACAUUUUGGUAAAUAUCUUUUGCUAAAGCCAUAAAGAUAGACAUCAGAUUUCCAGCAUUUUGAGGCAACUUAUAUUAGCACUGUUUUUAAAAAUACUUUAGGAACAAAUGUGCUACCUCCUGGAACAGAACAGUGGGGGCUAGACUGGAAGACCUGAAGUUGUUUUGGCUAGUCCUCGACUAUUGGCUAUAACCAUUCGCUUAGUGACCAUUCAAAAGUACGAUGGACCCCCCCCUCCAAAAAAGGCACUUAGAGCCAGUUCCAAAGUUCCAAUGCCCCCCCUCCCCUCAGUCAGGGGACUUUUCAGAUGCUCAGCAAACAGUCACACAUAUGACUGCUGUCACAUGGCCACAAUUUACAAUGUUUGCCAGAAGCCAGUGUUUACUUCCAGUUUCCGUCAAAAGGCAUCCUGAGUAAACAAUGAAUUUGCUUAAUGACCAUGGUGUUUGCUUAGCAACUGCGAUGUUCACUUUGCAACCGUGGCAUUCACUUAACCAUCACUGCAAAAAAGGAAAUAAAAGCUGGUCCAGUCACAUAGUCAUCCACUUUAUGACUGUCACAAUUUAUGACUGUAAUUAUCAGGGUCAAUUACUGUCAUAAAUCGAAGACUUCCUAUCUCCCCUUCAGGCAGAGGUGAACCUGGGCUGCUCACCCGCUACCAGACAAGGAGAUUGUGGGGAGUCAGUGUGACCCUCCCAUCUGUAUUCUCUCAGUUCUUUAGAGGGAUAUAAAUAAAGUUCCUUCUUCAAAGCCUGCUCCAUUUACCUCCAUAUUUACAGGUAAAGCAGGUGAACACAUAGGUCAUUCCCCAUUAGGGAGGCAGAUUUCUCAACUUUUGAGCCAACUUGGGAAGGAAACUCCUUCUCUUUCCUGCUGAAUCAGGAAACCUUCUCUACCUUCCCUUCAGGGCCCAGAAGCGGAGACAACCGACUCUGCUUCAGGCACCAAGAGAGACUUAGAAAUAUCUCCACUGUAUACAUUAAAUAAUCCAUAUUUUCAAAAACUCACUGUUCUGUUUGUUACAAAGGGCUGGGAAGGCAAAGGGUAUUUGCACGUACCUGUCAUGCUUGGUCAAGGAUCACAAGAGGAAAAGCAGAGCAAGCCGAGGGAAAAUCUGUGACUCAGAUUUCAUCCCUUUGGCUCCCAAGAGCAAGAGCGAUGGACGCAAAGGGAGUUUUAUGCAUGUGGAGGAGAGCCUAAGGCUGCUUAUGGCAUCCUUCUGGAGUCCAGUUUAGCAACCACCUCUGGACAGGGGAGCUGUGGGCUCAGCUCCUUACCUGUCCCCUGAAUUGAGGCAGCCUAUAGCAAAAUGUUUGCACCCUGUGUGUUGUAUAAACAUCGCUGCUGUGCUUGGCAAGAUCAACGGUACUCUUGACACAGGGAGAGGAGUCAAUGAACCAGGGCUAUUUGCAAUAACUGAUGGUUGAACUACUUAAGAGCUUCUGGAACCAAAUGGCUGGUUCAUUUGGUUUAAUUCUGCCUGUGGCCUUUAAGCUUGGUGGGAGACUUACUUUUGUUUCUAUUUUGGGAAAAGCAUCUCAAUAAAAUGGUUUAGCUAUACCA